AUAAGACCUCAAUAAAAAGGCAGCGGCAGCGUAAGCGCAACACAACUGAUUCCAAUCCACAACUUUGUUUCUAGGAGUAAUCCUAACUGCAAACAUGGCUCGCUUCUCGGCAACGCAUUUAAGCCUUUUGGUGAUGGCCUUUUGGACGACAUGCGCCAUGGCUGACCUUCCUUUAGAGGGACAACUGCAACAACUAAAGAGCAAUCUUGAAGCUCUGCAAUCGCACGUAACUCAACUUGAAGCUCAAGUGACUUCACUGAGAGGCAGCCAAAGUGCGGCAAAAGAAAUUCCCAUAUCUACCGAUGCGGCAGUGAGACAGACGCCGAGCGGAAUGCCAAGAUCCUGCGUGGAUCUAAAGGACAGAGGUCACACCCUAAACGGAAUCUAUUCCAUCAUGGGAGCAAAAUCGGUAGAAACAGUUUACUGCGACUUUUGUCUUUCAACGACAGAUCCAGGAUUUCAGAAGUGGAUCGGAUUUGCAGACGUCAAGUCAUCGCCAACGUAUUUCUACGUCCAACUGGACAGCCACUUUAACCAAACGUACGUUCCAAUUCCAUUCCGAUUCGAGAGGUUGAACGUGGGAGGCGGUUACAAUUAGACGACUGGCAAAUUCACGGCGCCAUCUGCAGGCAAAUAUUUUUUCUCUUUCACCGGAAUGGCCUACUUUCCGGCCGGAUCCACAUCCAGACUUUAUUGCGGCAUCUUCAUGUACAUGAACGGUUAUCCCAUUUCAUCUGCGUUCGCUGACGAGAUCGCCAAUGGCGAACAAUUCGAAACAUUUUCGAUGCAAUCGACGCUGCGAUUGGCUAAAGGAGACCAGAUCUGGAUACAAGCCUACAACAUACCAAAAAAUGGAUACCUAUGGGGAAUCAACAAUUUCAUACACUUUAACGGUUUCAUGUUAGAAGAGGAAUUGUCUCUUUAAGCAAAAACAUAACUUCUGUCAGACACAUUGAGAAGGUGGACUGAAGUAAAGUAAAUCGAAAAUACAUUUUCAAUUGAGGUUUCA